GCGCAAACGAAGCAAUCGGAUCGGGGGGUGUUAAGUACGUAGGAGGGUGGAAUCACCCCUCGCGUAGUUAGAGCGAGAAAGUCGUGUCGUUUCGUUCUAAUUCGUGUACAUUUUCUCACGGAUAUGCGCUCCCGGUACCUCAGUUUUCUGAUCGAGCAUCAACGUUCACCGGCUGCUGCCAAGCACUGUUGAAAGUGAACUUGAGCCGACACCGCGCCGAUAGGAUCAGGGCCAGCAGCUGCGGCUCGCAGCCGCCGCCAGCGCCAGUGCCUCAACAGACAGCUUCACUUUGCUCGCGCUUGCACAAUGAAACUAUUCCUGCUCGCCGCUCUCGUGGCUAUAGUGUCUGCAGGGGAGCACAAAUUAAAAUGUAAAACCGUCUCCGUGCGUGGCAAGAUUCACAAGAAAGACGUUUUAGCCAGCGGAAUCAACCGGCCCUACCAGCUGUCUAUGUACAAACAUGAACACAAAAUCUUCUUCAGCUACAACGUUGGAAAAAAUGAAGAAGACACAUUUGAAAUCGGCUACAUACAAAUGGGUGAGAAAAAUGUGACUGCGAUAAAAGGGGUUCUCAAUGGGUUCGCGUCGACUGUGGACGAGGAAAACCACCAUGUCUAUCUGGGCGGCAGCAAGGGCAUUUAUAAAUACAACCUGAAAAAUAACAGCGAGAGUCUUGAGCAUAUUGUGAGCGGUCAUAAUAUUUGGUAUAUGUUCUUUUACAAGCAUCUUUACUUCAUUGAUUUUCCGUCUCAAACACUGUACGUAUAUAAGAAAAACGCAACAGAUCCAGGCCAAGUGCAUCGAUGUGACAUAAAAGACAAGAUUUAUCAAUAUGUUAUUGACAACGAUGGUGAUCAGUUUAUUACAACCGACAGCGGUCUCUACCAGAUCAAAAAGGGCUCCAACGAACGGCACCUUUACUCCGAUAUCAAACUUUUCCGCGGAGCAGCGUUGGAUAAUACGGGACAUGCCCAUUUUUGUAGCAACCAUACAAUUUAUGCUACGAAUAAAAAGAACUAUACUCUAGAGGAAAUAGCCUACGUACGCAAUGUAUUUGGGAUCACAUUUGAUAGCCAAAAUAAUAUUGUUUAUUCUGAUCCCAAGAACAUCGUCAAAUUACUGCCUGGGAACUGCGACUAGUUACCUAACCAGGAUUAUCCUUGCCAUGUUGGAAGAAUACUAAUCAAUUAGCAUGUUCUGUAUUUAGAGGCAUAUUAAAUUUGUAAUAAUAAAUUGCAAUAAAUUAA